AUGGCGGAGUCUGCAAAUGCCACCCGUGAAGUCAUCAAUGCCACCCUCCACACUCUGCUGGCUGCUACUACCAAGAUGGUGGCACCUACACCUCCCAAACCCAUCCUUCCAGUUCAGACUGGAGUCCAGGCUCAGCAAGAGGAACAGUCCAGUGGCAUGACCAUUUUUUUUAGUCUUCUUGUUAUAGCUAUUUGCAUCAUAUUGGUGCAUUUACUGAUAGAAUACCGGCUUCAUUUUUUACCAGAGAGCGUGGCUGUUGUUUCCUUAGGUAUCCUUAUGGGAGCUUUUAUAAAAAUCAUAGAGGCUCAAAAGCUGGCCAACUGGAAGGAAGAAGAAAUGUUUCGUCCAAAUAUGUUUUUUCUGCUUUUGCUUCCACCUAUUAUAUUUGAAUCUGGAUAUUCAUUGCACAAGGGUAAUUUUUUUCAGAACAUUGGUUCCAUCAUUCUGUUCUCAGUAUUUGGCACUGCAAUAUCAGCUUUCAUUGUAGGUGGAGGAAUCUAUUUCCUGGGCCGGGCUGAUGUAAUUUAUAAACUCAACAUGACAGACAGUUUUGCAUUUGGCUCUUUAAUAUCUGCAGUUGACCCUGUGGCUACUAUUGCCAUUUUCAAUGCCCUCAAUGUGGAUCCUGUGCUUAACAUGUUGGUUUUUGGAGAAAGUAUUCUCAACGAUGCAGUCUCAAUUGUCCUGACCAACACAGCAGAAGGUUUGACAAGGGAAAAUAUGUCAGAUGUAAGUGGAUGGCAAACCUUUCUACAGGCACUGGGAUACUUUCUCAAGAUGUUCUUUGGCUCUGCAGCACUUGGCACACUUACUGGUCUUAUUUCUGCAUUAGUACUAAAGCACAUUGAUUUAAGGAAGACACCUUCCCUAGAAUUUGGGAUGAUGAUUAUCUUUGCUUACCUUCCUUAUGGACUUGCAGAAGGGAUCUCGCUCUCAGGUAUCAUGGCAAUCCUGUUCUCUGGCAUCGUGAUGUCUCACUACACACACCACAACCUGUCCCCAGUGACACAGAUCCUGAUGCAGCAGACACUCAGAACUGUUGCUUUCAUGUGUGAAACGUGUGUUUUUGCAUUUCUUGGCCUGUCAAUUUUUAGUUUUCCUCACAAGUUUGAAAUGUCCUUUGUCAUCUGGUGCAUAGUGCUGGUUCUGUUUGGUAGAGCAGUGAAUAUUUUUCCACUUUCCUACCUACUCAACUUUUUCCGUGAUCAUAAAAUCACUCCCAAAAUGAUGUUUAUCAUGUGGUUUAGUGGAUUACGUGGUGCCAUUCCCUAUGCCCUCAGCCUCCACCUGGGCCUGGAGCCCAUCGAGAAGCGGCAGCUCAUCGGCACCACCACCAUCAUCAUCGUGCUCUUCACCAUCCUGCUGCUGGGAGGGGGAACCAUGCCCCUCAUCAGGCUCGUGGACAUUGAGGACUCCAAACCACGCAAGAGGAACAAGAAGGAUGUCAAUCUCAGCAAGACAGAGAAGAUGGGAAACACUAUAGAAUCUGAGCAUUUAUCAGAGCUCACAGAGGAGGAGUAUGAAGCCCAAUACAUAAAACGGCAGAACCUCAAAGGGUUUAUGCGCCUUGAUGUCGAGUAUUUGAAUCCUUUCUUCACCAGAAGACUCACACAAGAAGACCUGCACGACGGGCGCAUCCAGAUGAAGACCCUGACCAACAAGUGGUACGAGGAGGUGCGCCAGGGCCCCUCGGGCUCCGAGGACGACGAGCAGGAGCUGCUGCAGCAGAGCGGGGCCGGCGCGCGCUGAGCCCGGGGCCGCUCCCGCCUCCCGCGUGUGCUCCUUGGGCAGGUGAAACCCACGGCUCUGCUGUGACCGCGGCAAGGGAGACCCACGGGCUCACUGAAGGAGGAGCCUUUUGCUGCAUAGGGAAUUCCGCGCAGCCAAUGAUGACACUGUUAAUGGGGAGGGGCUUCUUCCCAUCCCAAAACCUGCUGUGACCACGCGCU